GCAAACAUCACUAAAUGCGCAUGCGCUGAGCGCGUGACUCGUUGCGGGGUAAAAGAACAACAGUGAAACUUGGAGCUGAUCUCUGCUUCGUGUUCCUCCGUUACAGUGCGAUGGCCGGCACCGCGCUGAAGAGGCUCAUGGCGGAGUACAAACAGCUGACUCUGAACCCACCUGAGGGGAUCGUUGCAGGUCCAGCAAAUGAGGAGAACUUCUUUGAAUGGGAGGCUCUUAUUAUGGGUCCUCAGGAUACCUGUUUUGAAGGAGGCGUGUUUCCGGCCGUCCUCAGUUUCCCGUCCGAUUAUCCUCUCAGUCCUCCGAAGAUGAGGUUCACCUGUGACAUGUUUCACCCCAACAUCUAUCCGGACGGUCGGGUGUGCAUCUCCAUCCUUCACGCUCCAGGAGAUGAUCCGAUGGGCUAUGAGAGCAGUGCAGAGAGGUGGAGUCCGGUCCAGAGUGUGGAGAAGAUCCUGCUGUCUGUGGUCAGCAUGUUGGCAGAGCCCAACGAUGAGAGUGGGGCCAACGUGGACGCCUCCAAGAUGUGGCGGGAUGACCGGGAGCAGUUCUACAAACUGGCUCAGAAGGUGGUGCGGAAGUCUCUGGGUCUUUAGGGCUGAGGGACGCCUCUCUGUUUGUGGCUCACAAACACUUGCUGCCUUUUUGACGCUGCAGCGUCGCCAUGGAACACACACACACACACACACACACACACCCUGAGUGCUGCUGACACGGACGGAUCAAUAAACUGAUGGACGGACUUUGCUGACCUUUGGAUGAAGGCAGAAUUUUCUAAAGGUGGACAAAAGAAGACCCGAGUGGACUGACACCAGCAGGUUCUUUGUUAUUAUCAUCGUUAUCAAUAUUAUUAGGUGAUGCGUUCAGGUCACAUGCAAAACACUCAUGACAUCCGGACUAAACCAAUCACACUAAUCAAUAAAGAUUCUAACAAAUAUACCAAUGAAGAAUAAAAAAGCUCCCUACUUCCAUCCUGAAGAUUAAAAUGAGCAACUCUUUCCAGAACUAGAAAAUAAAAGUCCAAAGGUGUCUUUUAUUAUGAAAGGCCUGGUGGGAAAGAAGUCAGUUAAGUGAAUGGCAACCCUUUCACAAUAAAGGUUUGUAACACAUGGUAGUGAAGUGUGAUCUCGUCUUCAGAAACCUUAAUGCACCAAUCGGAGGGUUGAGUUUGAUGCUGAUGGAGGAGUGGGGAGAUGAUGAAACUGAUGGAGGAGGAGGGUAGAAGCUCCUUCAGCUCCUCUUAGUUGGACUCGAAGCACUUUAUCAGGUUCAGAGAAGCUUCGGCUGCUUUGAGCUCGCUUUUAAAAAAUGUGUACCUCUGGUUUUAAAGUUCAAGACAAUGAGCGUUUGUCUUUUAUUUUGAAAGAAUAAACUGAGUGGAAACCAUAA